GCUAGCUGCACCUUCGGUUAGUAUGGCUGACAUGUCUGUGCUGGUCUCUGACUUCAUUACUAGGAAACUCUGUCAAAACGAGGGAUGUUUAGACUAUGGACAGUUGUAUCAGACAAUAUGCGACAAUAUUCGCCCGAUAAGCGGAGAUCCGCAGGAGAUGCUCUUCGACGUCCUUACUAAAAACAGUAGGUUUGUCAUCGUUGAAGGCAAAGAGGAGACGGAUGCCGGUUGUUCCAUGGCCCCGGACAGCCUUGUUGUCCCUAAGACUUCGCUGCGUCUUUGCCAGCGUCUCCCAGGAAACUGUGACAACUGCGGUGAUCUGCACCUGUGCAGAUAUUUUGUAUGCGGUUUCUGCAGGUACAGGAAGAAAUGUAAGAACUGCCACGACCUGAACUCUGACUAUAACAUGGCGGUUCUGAAGAGAGAGGGCUUGCAGAAGCUGGAGCAGGCAGAAUUGUUCCUGCUCCUGCUUCAGAAUGACUCGUAUCUACUGCCAGAGGUCUGCAUGCAUUACAACAGGGGUGCAGGACAGCACGGGGACUGCCGGUUUAAGGGAGAAUGCACCAACCUCCACAUCUGCAUGGAGUUCCUCUUGGGGAAGUGCCAGUCCAAUGGCUGCAGACGAGCCCACAAGUUUGACCCCAAGGCCACAAAAAUUCUGAGUGGCAGAGGCAUCAGUCCAGAGAACAGAAGCAUUCUGCACAGGAUCUAUAGAAACCGGUACCUGAUCACCAGCAGUAUGAAGACAUCAAAGAAACCAACUACAGAGCAGUCCUGUCUGCGGUCAAAGAACACCAGCACCGUGAAAGAAGCAGACAAGAAAACAAUCUGCCUCUUCUUCAUUCGCAACCAGUGUACCUACGAAGAGAAGUGUAACAAUGUUCACUUCCACCUGCCUUACAAAUGGCAGACGUUGGUCCAUGAGGACUCCACCUGGACAGACCUUCCCAACAUUGAGGAUAUUGAAAAGGAUUACUGCAACCCAGAAAAUGACACCAGCACGGGGUAUAUUACCGUGGACUUCCGCACCAUGAUGUAUGGCUCAGCCAAAGUCCGACGACUCUCCACAGUUUCCUCGGUUACCAAACCUGCAGAUUUCAUCCUCACCACCGAAUGGCUGUGGUACUGGAAGAAUGACCAAGGACAGUGGACUCAGUACCAGCAUGAGGUCAGCGGAAAAGCACCAUGUUCCAUCACUUCAAAGAACCUGGAAGUUGCCUUUCAAGACGAUGCCAACAGUGCUGUUUUGCUCAGCAAGGGGGAUCAGCGUUAUGUCCUCAGUUUUAAAGGAAUGCAUGAGCUGAGCAUCGAGCUUCAGACGAAACGAGAGGUUCGAAGGAGGCCCCGGUUCCUCUCUGCGCUGGAGGUGAAGAAAAUAUUGGAGAGCUGAGUUCCAUGGAUUGAUGGCUCCUCCUGGACUCAAGACUCAAGAACAAAGAUGUUUUUUUUCUGCCUUGGCCCAUGCUGGCCUUCUACAGGCACUGAAUAUUGCUGUGGCCACAGUUGUAUGGACGAUGAAACCAGUCAUUUUUUGGUUAAUUCUGUCACCAAGCGCCAGGCUUAUCUGCAUUACUGUUAGUAAAGUGUGUGUGUUUUUGUACCCUAGGGAAAGCACUGCACUAAAUCAUGAUUUCUUUGUCAGAGUAGCUCAUUUAUACACAGGCACUAAACAGAACUUUUUGCAUGCACUUACAAUGAUUUGAGAUCAUUUUGUGGGGGGGGGGGGGGGGGGGGGGGAUAUUUAUCUAUUUUUGACUGGAACAAUAAUUAACAAAGUAACACUGUAAGCACUUUUGGUCUGUCUGUCUUAUGCCAUGGUUUUAUUACUGUCAAAAAGGUUUGACUGAAUGAUGGUUUUGUUGUAUAAUAAUUAAUGAUGAUUGUUUUUUCUUUCUUCUUCUUGUAUUUACAGCUUUAUGCUUGAUAAGGAAAACGAAAUGUGACGUUACUAACAUUUUUGGCAAAAACCUUUUCUGAAAAUUUAGAUUAGUUUUUAUUGCAUUAACGACAGGUAGCAACUAACUUCAGUUACUAUGAAAACAUGAAGUAAGAUCAUAUUUUGUACAUUUUUCCUGUUGGCUAUUACUGAUUUACUUGGUCUAACACUAAAUCAUGGCACAGUAAAUUAUUUUUCCACAUUAUGUGAAAUACUAACCUUUGUUUUUGUGUUAGCAUUUGUUUCCAUAUGUUGUCACUCCUCGUAUUUCUUUGUAUUCGUUUACUGCCUCAGUAAAUUGACUAUUUCGUUCUAUUAUACUAGCCUACAUUGUGACAUUUGUUUGCUGAACGCCUAUCAUGAAUCACGAACUGUUUGACGUAGAUUUCUGAAAGUGGAAUGGGUGAGUCCCGCAUUCACUGCAUGCUUACGCUAUUUUUAUCUAGGUUUCGGUUCUGUGAAAAUGAAGGAAUUGUGCGUGCGAGUCUUUCAGGUGGGGUGUUUAGAUUCUGAAUAAUGUAACACAAAAUAAACAAACAAACAAAAAGA